UUUUCAAAAUUUGUGUAUCUUUAUGUUAAUUUCUAAUCUAAUUCCGGUAAUUUGUGCUCUAUAUAAAUAAAUUUCAUAAAGUUUACAUGUGAGUGCAGAAAUUAUGAAGUGAUACGAAGCUUCUGCCCGACGAAUGUGACAUUUGAAAACUAUUCGAUUAAUAAAAAUAUAUUUGUUGUGGAAAGAAAUGAGAAAACCAUAAGGGUUUAAUACACAUAUAUGUGAAUAUUUCAAUUACAUGUGAUAAUUUAUAUUUACGAAUAUAAUUUUUAAUAAAAUGAGUGCGCAGCAAAGCCCCACUAAUUUGCAGACGUCCAUUGAUCGCGACAAGGUAUAUCAAUGGAUAAUGGAAUUAUCAAAUCCUGAAAGCAGAGAAGUUGCACUUCUGGAAUUAAGUAGAAAAAGAGAAGUUGUACCUGAUUUGGCUCCAAUGUUGUGGCAUAGUUUUGGUACAACAGCAGCAUUAUUACAAGAAAUUGUUAAUAUAUAUUCAUCUAUAAAUCCACCCACAUUAACCGCUCAUCAAUCAAAUAGGGUAUGUAAUGCACUGGCAUUACUACAAUGUGUUGCAUCACAUCCAGAAACCCGAUCUGCAUUUUUGCAAGCGCAUGUACCUUUAUUUUUAUACCCAUUUUUACAUACUGUAUCUAAAACACGGCCAUUUGAAUAUUUAAGACUUACAAGUUUAGGUGUUAUAGGAGCUCUUGUAAAGACUGAUGAACAAGAAGUUAUUACGUUUCUACUAACUACAGAAAUCAUACCUUUAUGCUUACGAAUCAUGGAAUCAGGUUCAGAAUUGAGCAAAACUGUCGCCACAUUCAUUUUGCAAAAGAUUCUGCUGGAUGAAAGCGGUUUGUCCUAUAUUUGCCAAACAUAUGAUAGGUUUUCGCAUGUUGCAAUGAUUCUUGGUAAAAUGGUCUUAUCUUUGGCGAAAGAUCCAUCAGCAAGGCUUUUGAAACAUGUAGUCAGAUGUUACCUGAGGCUUUCUGAUAACCCACGUGCUCGUGAAGCCUUAAGACAAUGUUUACCAGAUCAGUUACGGGAUGCCACCUUUGUUGCAUGUCUACAAGAGGAUAAGUCUACAAAGCAUUGGUUAACGCAAUUGAUAAAAAAUUUGGAAGCCGGUCCUUUAAAUGCAGAUCCAAGACAAAUUGGUAUAUCACCUCUAACGGCCUAAACUGACUGUCUCUUAUAUGUACAAAACCUAUAUGUGGAAUAGUAUUGACCUAUUAAUAACUUUAAUGAUAACUGAAUAAUCAAUAAUUAUGUUUCUUUAACUAGCACGUAAAACAAAUUAUAAAAAUUAAGCUGUAAUAAAA